AGAGACAUCAGGAAGGCAGCACACUACACACUGGAGGCUGUCUUAGCUCUAUCCACGCCCUCCCUUCACGCUGCUGAACAGCAGCCGCUGAGACCCUGGACAGCUCCAGGAGUCUCCACUCUGGGACCAGGGCUGAGGACUGGUCGCUACUUCCUUACUUCAGUGUAGUUCUCUGCAGUGCGUGCCAUGCAGUCCCUCAACAUCACCCCGGAGCAGUUAGCCCGGCUUCUGAGGGAGCACAACAUGAGCCGGGAACACUUCAUCGCCCUGUAUGGGCUGCGGCCCCUAGUCUACAGUCCUGAGCUACCAGGAGCUGCCAAACUAGUUUUCGUGGUGGCUUCUGUGCUCAUCUUCGUCUUGGCACUCUUCGGCAACGGUUUGGUGCUCUAUGUGGUGACCCGCAGUAAGGCUAUGCGGAAGGUCACCAACAUCUUCAUCGGCUCUCUGGCACUCAGCGACCUCCUCGUUACCUUCUUCUGCAUCCCGGUCACCAUGCUCCAGAACAUCUCCAGCGACUGGCUAGGUGGUGCCUUUGUUUGCAAGAUGGUGCCAUUUGUGCAAUCUACUGCUAUUGUUACUGAAAUUUUGACCAUGACCUGCAUUGCUGUGGAGAGGCAUCAGGGAAUUGUGCAUCCUUUGAAAAUGAAACGGCAGUAUACCAACAAAAGGGCCUUCACGAUGCUAGGUGUUGUUUGGCUGGUCGCUGUGAUUGUUGGAUCUCCCAUGUGGCAUGUACAGCAACUGGAGAUUAAAUAUGAUUUCUUAUAUGAAAAAGAACACAUUUGUUGCCUGGAAGAAUGGAGCAGUCCUGUCCACCAGAGGAUUUACACGACAUUUAUCCUCUUCAUCCUCUUCCUGCUUCCUCUUGUAGUGAUGCUUGUCCUUUACAGUAAAAUUGGCUAUGAACUCUGGAUUAAGAAAAGAGUGGGAGAUGCUUCAGUUCUUAAAGCUAUUCAUGGAAAUGAAAUGUCAAAAAUAACCAGGAAGAAGAAGCGAGCUGUCAUCAUGAUGGUGAUGGUGGUUUCUCUCUUCACUGUGUGCUGGGCUCCUUUCCAUGUGACUCACAUGAUGAUGGAAUACAGUAAUUUUGAAAAGGAAUAUGAUGAUGUCACCAUCAAGAUGAUUUUUGCUGUUGUGCAGAUCAUUGGCUUCUCCAAUUCUAUCUGUAAUCCUAUCAUUUAUGCUUUCAUGAACGAAAACUUUAAAAAGAAUUACCUCUCUGCCAUAUGCUUUUGCUUCAUCAAAGGAUCUCUAUCUCCAACCAGGAGGCGGGGCAGACUGAGUCAUCGGAAGGGUGCAGUGGAGGAAGUGAGGAGAGAAGCCUUCAGUGAUGGCAAUAUUGAAGUCAAAUUGUGCUAAUUGUCCCAGAAGAUAAUAGAAAGCCCCAAAAGGUUCUCACCUUGCUUAGCUCUGACCUUUUGGAAAACUGUAUUUGGAAAUGAACAUUAAUUGCAAUUCACAUUUGACACUGUGCAUUAUACAGAAUUAUUUUGGAUAAUUUCCAUUUGGAGGAAAGAGAGGUCAAAAGCCUUUUGUCAGUUUUGAAUGUUAUAUAGGGAAAGUGUUUAAUGGGGCUGUGAAUAUUUUUGCUUUUAUUUCAGUGAGGGUGGAAUUGGAAUAUUUCUGAAAAAGCUAAUGUCCAAAAGUUGUUUAGAGAACUAAAUACAUAUUUUCAUGUGAUGUAAGCAAAGUAAACAGAACUGAUUUUGUUGGAUUUCUUAAACCUGGAACCAUUUCUUUAAAAGAUGGGUAUUGUAUUAGUUAAAAAAUAUCGUAGCAUUUGGGGUAGAAUUGGGGGUAGAAAAGCAUAGGGAUCUGGCAUUAAGAGUAGCUAUCUAUUAAAGACUACUGAUUUAAAGUCACUGAAAAGGAAUGUAAAAGACAGAAGUUUGUGAAGUAAUUUUUAGUAAAAUCAUUAGCCAUGUCCUAUUAAAUUAACUCAUGUCCAUUUGAAUCCAGUCCAACUAUACUAAUGAUAACAUUAGAAAAAGAUGGGAGGGAUAGAAAUGAUGAAAAAUGAAGAAAUUUUUCUUUGCUCCAGAUGUACUUGUCUAUGUUGAGAUCAUAUAUUUCUGAGAAGACAACUCUAGAACAUACCUCAGGAGUCCCUGUCUUAAUGUGGUAUAUGUUGGUGGAUGAAGCAUAGCCCCUUAGAGAACUCCAGCUAAUUUUCUGUUGUGGGCAAGAGAGACUUUCCAGGAGCACCUUAGGCUUGGUCCUGAGAGAGUAUCCCAUCUCCAAACCAGGAGAAUUUGGUCCCACAGAGCCCCAGCUGCACCUUGAGAUACCCUUUCUACCAUUGUCAUUUUCCAAAUUGAUUGAGGAAUCCCUACCUUGUCCUCUAGCUGUUCCCUAAUAGAGGCUAGUCCCUUGGCUGGAUACAGGAGUCUAGGAUGAAGAGAAGAGGAAAGAAAGGAUCUUAAGGAAGUCUAGGUGUAAAAGGAGAACUUUCAUGGUUGUAGCUGGAAGAGUCAGACCCAUAGUCAAAUGCUAUGUAGCAUGUUCCAGGGGUCAAUGUAAUCACAUUUUUUUAAUAGACCAAGAUAAAUUUUAAUUGGAUUGUUUGGUUCUCAGUUUGAGGAGUAUGCUAUCUGUCUAUAUUGCACUAUAUCAGGGUUUAAUUCUGUGCAGGUAUAUAUGCAUACAUAUAUACACACAUAUACACACAUAUCUAUAUACAUAUACAUAUAUAUAUACAUUCAUACACAUGCACAUUGUCAUCGAUCAUCCAUGUUUCUAUUUAUCUAUCCAUAUAUCUUUUCUCUUCCUUCCUUCCUUCCUUCCUUCCUUCCUUCCUUCCUUCCUUCCUUCCUUCCUUCCUUCCUUCCUUCCUUCCUUCCUUCCUUCCUUCCUUCCUUCCUUCCUCCCUUCCUUCCUUCCUUCCUUCCUUCCUUCCUUCCUUCCUUCCUUCCUUCCUUCCUCCCUUCCUUCCUCCCUUCCUUCCUCCCUCCGUCCCUCCCUCCCUCCCUCCCUCACUCCCUCCCUUCCUCCCUCCCUCCCUCCCUUCCUUCCUCCCUCACUCCCUCCCUUCCUUCCUCCCUCACUCCCUCCCUUCCUUCCUUCCUUCCUUCCUUCCUUCCUUCCUUCCUUCCUUCCUUCCUUCCUUCCUCCCUCCCUUCCUCCCUCCCUCCCUCCCUCCCUCCCUCCCUCCCUCACUCCCUCCCUUCCUUCCUUCCUUUCCUUCCUUCCUCCCCUUCCUUUCUUAUUUCUGUCAUAGGUUGCCCCUUUGCUCAAGCCAGGAGUAGGAGUUGGGAAGAGAAGUUUGUCUUUUCUGGAACAUCACUUAGGAAAAAAUCAGUGUUCUAAGACAAGAAGACUUAAGUUGGAAAAUUGUUCAAAAUCAAAUAAGGUAUAACCUGGAUUUCAAACUGAUUUUCUGCAAGCAGGUGGAUGUGCUGAAUUUCUUCCCAUCCUACAAAGGUCUGACACAGUCAUGAGGGUUAGGAUAAGGACUGACAGCAGCAAUAUAGUGAAAGCAGAAAGGCAGAAGUGGGAAAGAGGGCAAAAAGCUCCCUACCGACAUUGUGACAGAUUUGUGUGUGUUGCAGGCUUGGCUUCAGUGACAGAGCCUCAGUUAAAAACCCAUCAUUCUCAUGGGAAUAGCCUGAAGUUGUUGGCUCUUCAGCUGUUCUCACCUUUUGGGACCAUCAAACAUAAGGUUUCAUUUCUUUUUUUCACAGUGCUUAUUAGGGACAGAUACUUUUCUACAUGAUUUUCUCUUUCUUUAAGCUCUUUUAAAUUCAUGAUUUGUUUCAUAUAAAACUGUGACUGAUCAUAAUGUCUUUUUGAUUCAUGUCUUGAUUAACUGUAUAAAGAGGGACUAACAGAGGAAGCCAGUAACCUGCUUGUGGAACAGGAAUAGAGACAGAAAAAAUGAAUUUUCCCCAUCUGGCUGUCAGGGGCAGCAGGGAAAGGUAUUCUUUUCUUCCUCUUCCACCUACCCUGAACCAAUUUAGAGAGAAUUUUAUGGUUUUGAAUUUAUUAAAAACCCUUGGAAGUUCUCUAGUAAUAGACAUAGGCACUCCUAGGCUGUGGAGAUAUUGCUAAGAUAGAUUCAGGGGGCUUAGAAUGGCAAAUAUCAGGGGGCAGCUGGGUGGCUCAGUGAGAGUCAGGCCUAGAGAUGGGAGGUCCUAGGUUCAAAUCUGACCUCAGACACUUACCAGCUGUAUGAACAAGUCACUUAGCCCUCAUUGCCUAUCCCUUACCACUCUUUUGCCUUGGAACCAAUACACAGUAUUGAGUCUAAGAUGGAAGGUAAAAGUUUUUUUUAAAGAGAAUGGCAAAUGUCUUGGUGAAGCCACUUGACUCAGAAGUAAGGAACAGAGUAGAGAUGGGUGCCAAGAGAUGGUCCCAACUUCUAGGACACUCAGUGGGAAGACGAGAUAUGGUCUGGAAAGAUUUCCCUACUGCUUAUUUAAAUUCCAAAGGUGAGAAAAAAGACUUUCAAUUUGCCUCCCAUUGCCAAACUCUUCCUGGCAGUGAUAUCUGCUGGUUAUACCCCAAAUAUUUGGUUAUUAUUUUGUUGUGUUUGCAGAAGCUGGGGAAGAGGAUACAACUUUUCAGGUACACUAUUGCUGACUGGCCAAUGACUUCCUCUUUCCCCACAUACCUUCCAGGAUAACUUAGUCCUCAGCCAGACAUUUGUCAACCUGAUUUCAGAUUGGAAGCCUCAUGAUGGCAAAAUUUUUAUUGUUACAUCUUUAGUUGAAUAUUUAAAGUUUUGUUUUAGAGGCAGCUGGGUAGCUCAGUGGAUUGAGAGCCAGGCCUAGAAAUGGGAAGUCCUAGGUUCAAAUCUGACCUCAGACACUUUUUAACUGUGUGACUCUGGGAAAAUCACUUAACCCCCAUUACCUAGCCCUUACUACUCUUUUGCCUUGGAACCAGUACAUAGUAUCGAUUCUAAGGUGGAAGGUAAGGUUUUAAAAAAUAAAUAAAGUUUUGCUUUAAUUUGAAAUAAUUUAUUUUCUUGGUCUAGGUUGUCCCUGGGUGUUAAGUGGGACAGGCUGCAGCCUUAGGUUAUGAGACCUUAAGCAUUUUCCAUACUCUUCAAGAAUUAGUUAGUGGAUCCAUAGAUCUAUUCAUGAACACAUUUAUUAUUGUUGACAUGUGAUUUAUUAUUACACAUGACUAAAGAGCUGUGUUCUUCUUUGAGUUCUUGACCUGUCCCUGGGAAGAAAACUGAUGCCUGAAAGUUAUCUUAGUCUUUCUAUUCUGUGAUUUUGUCUCUGGGAAAGGAUUGCCCUUGAAUCAUGGCUUCCUCUUUCUCCUCAUUCUUUCUUUUCUGGACCCAGGGUUAUCAAAUCCAUUGUUGUCUUUUGAGUCCAAAAGAUUCAGCUUAUCUGUCCUGUCUCUGCCAGGCUAAUCAGGAGAGAAAACAUUCCUCCUGAGGAAUUUUGAGGUUCUGAUAGCAAAGAGCAAGCUGGAGGUGGAGGAUGGCUGCUCUGGGAUUGGAGAGUGUAGAACUCUGGAAGUCUAGGGCACUAGACCCUUGCAAUUUGGAAGACUAAUCAUCACCUGUCAUGCAGUGAGUUUCUCUCCAAGUGACUUUCCCAAAGUUACCCAGAGAAUAAAUGGCAAAAUAAAAGUCAAACCCAGGGCCUUUUGACAAUUCCAGAGCUCUUUCCAUUGUAACAAAAGAAUGGUGAUGUUCCAUAGGACUUUUUAUAUACUAUAAUGACUACAAAUGGACUUAAACUUUAGGCCACAUACUCUACUAAUGUGGUAGAGCCAAAAGAACUUAGUCUAUAUUGCUGCUGGUAGAAAUUGUUGUUCUCAGAAGCAAUUGGUCUCUGGUAUGAAUAACUUUCCAGAAUUGGAAGGGGGAAUGCAUAGAAUGACCAACUGAACUCAAAAAGGGAAAAGGAUAUGAGUUAUCUAUUAAGUAAAAAUAACACAAUGAUGAUAAGAAAUAUUACAUAUUUAAAUGGAAUAAUAUGCCCCAAUCCUUCCAGUAUCCUCUAAAUGAAUUAUAGAAGAAAGCAUGUGAUCAUUCUAUAAGCUUUAAAAUGAUUCUGUAGGCUACAGAUUAGUUCCCAUGAGAAUAUAGUGUCAAGUGGGAGGCCUCUAACUGAAUGGCUCAACACCUCUCCAGUAUCUCUUUAGUCUUAUAUUUCCACCUGUCUAUUAGAUAUCUCAUACUGGCUGUCCCAUAGUUAUCUCAAACUCUAAAUGCUCUGCCACAGGACUCAUUAUUUUACACCUUCCCGCAAUCCCUCCCUUCUUCCCAUCUUCCCUUUCAAAUGGUCCAAUAGGUUCCCAAUCACUAUCUUGCACUCCUUCACACUCACUCCACAUAUUCAACCUGUUGCCAACUUCUGUCAUUUCUAACUUCACAAGAACUUCUCCAAUGAGAUAUUAUUUGUAGAGUACUUAGAAGACUGCCUAGGAUUUUGUAUCUAACUUAUUUGUACAUAAUUGUUUGUAUAUUAUCACCUCUAUUAGACUGUGAGCUCCUGGCAAACAGCAUUUGAGUCUCUUUUGUCUUUGUAUUUUCAAUGCUUAUCACAGUGCUUAGAAGAUAAUAGUUGCUUAAUGGCUAUUUGGUAGUUGUUCUUCAUUCUGGAAGAGGACCAAAGUUAUGGGAGUGGUGACUUGACUGGCAAAUUAGUUGAAUUUAAGUAAGGCAGUAUUGUGCAAAGUUUUGGUGUGACUUUCUCUUCCAGAGUCAUGGAAGUUCAAUGGCAGGACAAAAGUCAAGAUGACUGGAGAUGGCCCAGGAUGCAGUGGAUGUUCUUGGCAUGGUUCAAUGUCUGACCAUACUCUAAGUGCUUCACAGUACCUUAUUCAUCUGCCUUCAUAGCCAUUAGAAUAAAGUGUUCUCAUCUUCCCUUUCCAAUGGGAAAAGUCUUCACAUUCCUGAGGUAGACACUCUCCUAACUCAUCUUUGGGUUUGAGGCCUGCUGUUUACCCUCAACUUUUUUUUUAGCCAUCUGCCAAGAUGGUGCUUAAUAAAUGUUUAUUGCUUAAUUAGUUUAUAUAAAUCAAAAUAAUGCUUAUUGACUAACUGAUUGCACAUACAUUAAUAUUUAUCUUCUUGCUAAUCUUCACAAAGGAAAUUCCCUUUCCUAAUACUGGGCUUUUCUCUACCUGUCUCCCCAUGCUUAGAAUGCCUCUCCAACUUCACCUGGCUCUCUUGGUGUCUUUUAAAACUCAACUAAAAUCCUGUCUCUUGCAAGAGGCCUUUCCUUAUCGUUUCCCCUCCUCUCUACCGCUGUCUUCUGUCAGAGACCAUCUUAAUGUUUUCACUAUAUAUAUAUAAUUUUGUUUCUUUCCUUGUAUCCCCAGGGCUUAGUACAAAAGUUGGUACAUAAUAUCUGCUUAAUAAAUAUUUAUUGGCUGA